AUGGAGCAGAAGUUGGGGCUCAUCCAAUCAGAUUCUAUGGAUCUUCAGAAUGAUCCGCGAUUUUUCCAGGACAACGUCCUGAACAAGAGGUUGGAAGCCUUCAGCAAGCUCGGGGUUGUCUCGUCGCUCAUGGUGGGCACGUGCACACAUGUCAUCGCGAUGAAGAAAGAUAUGAACUUCUCGACAACUGAAGGAAUAAUGCGGGUUGUGAGCUUUGGGCUUUUGUCCAUUGUGCUGUUCCUGAACAUUAUUGCCGCAUACGUCGGCAUUGCCCAGACGUACCACACGUACCGCUUGGAAACUGCAGGGCCAACUGGUUUUGAAAUUGCCACAUCUUACUAUCUGAAUCCCAACAUCGUCGCAUGGCGUCAUUUUGCGGUCAAAUGUAUGCUGCACGGCCUCACAAUCUUCCUGAUCUCGACCGGAAUCCGGGUGUCUGUCAGCUUUGAAGAUUUGACAGACGAGGAGAAGCCCAGGAUCACCAAGCACAAUGCUCGCCUCUUGGGGUUGGUGACGCUGACGUUCUUUUGCAUUGGAGGUUUCAUAAUGCACUACAUUAAUGGGAAGCACCAGGCAAUUUUCCGUGUCAACUAUGAGCAUGCCAAGGAGUCAGAGCGGCCGUAUAUGUCGACAGUCCACGACAUUAUGCACUCCAAGCGCAAUGGACCCCGCCCACAUGGAAACGUUGUUUGA